AUGGUCCUUAAACCAGGUGCUGUGGGUUUCGGUGUGAACUAUCCAGCUUCUGUUUGUGCUGUGAACGGAUCGACCGUCACCCUCCCCUGCACCUUCACACCUCUGAGGUUUUUCAUUCAGGAUGGAAGAACUAUUUCAAUCGAGAUCAUCAAAGUCAUUUGGUGCCAGAACCAUGAUUUUUGUGAGUUCCCUGCCCCGUCUGUGUACAACAGCAGUUCAGAAAACAACCACUCUCGUUACAAAUACCUGGGAGACAAGAAGGGAAACUGCACUUUACAGAUCACAGAUUUACAGAAGGAAGACGAGGGAAGUCUUCGCUUCAGAAUGGAGGCUGACAACAUCAGAGCACAUUUUACUGGACCUCCAGGAGUGAGAGUCACAGUCUCUGAUGGGACUAGAAUGCAGAUAAACAGCUCCAGAGGAGACAGAAAGCUGAGAAGAGGUGAAACCGUCACUCUGUACUGCACUGCACUCUGUACUUUCCACCAACUGAACGUCACCUGGUUCAGAGAUGGCCACACCCUCUCAGAGUCUGGCCCCGCCCUCCAGCUCGGCCCCCUGACCACAGAGGAUUCUGGGAACUACACCUGUGGUUUGAAGACGAACUUCAGCAGCCUCUCCCUGCCGUACAGCCUGCAGGUGGAGGAAGAAGUUGACCCUCUGCUGAUUGUUCGUCUGGUUCUCUUCACUCUGUGCUCUGUGCUCAUCGUCAUAGCGGCAUCCAUCAUCAUCAGAAGGACGUGUGUGCAGGAAAGCAGCUGCAGCAGCAGAGAGCUGAAAAAUGCAACGAUGCAGGCGAGUCACUGA